CAAUGAAUUAACUCAUAUUUUCCUUAUUGAUUGUCACAAUUCUCUGUGGUUAAGAGUAAGGUAGUUUCCUUUAAGAGAAAUAAGAUAACAAAAUAUUCACCAUAAAAUUAAAGGAAACUCAUAAAAUUGUAUGUUAUCCAUUUGAAGUCUUAGGUGACAGCUAGAGAAAUGUAUGAUUUUCUAUCAACUAAAUAAACAUAUUUUCGAUAACAAACUCCAAUUGACAUAUAAGAAAUAGAAUUCGGUGGGUAUGUUCCAAAACCAUAAUAAAAGGAGUAGAAAAAAGAAACAUCUUUGAAAUUACAUAAUUUUAAGAAUACUUAAUUUACUGGACCCAUUACAGUAGGCGAUUAAGAAUUUUAAGUGAUAUUUGAUACUGGUUCUGCAAACUUUUGGAUAGACUCUACUAAAUGUAAGAAUGAAGGAUGCAAACAACAUACAUAAUAUAAACCAAGUUUCAGAUCUAAACAUUUAGGAUAUGCUUUGAAUGUGUAAUUUGGUACUGGUGAUUUAAAUGGUGAAAUAAAUUCAGAUGUUGUAAAAUUAGGUGAAAUAGAAGUUGAAGACCAAAAUAUUGCAGAAAUAAUAGAAGAAAAUGGUUCAGUUUUUUAAAAUGUAUGAAAGUUAAAUAAUUGCAAAGUCAGGUUUCGAUGGUAUAGUAGGAUUAGCUUAUCCAAGUAUGGCAGCCUAUAAUUUUAAUCCAUUGUUUGACAAUAUCAUCCAAGAGAAGAAAUUAAAAUCUAACUAAUUCUCAUUUUAUAUGAGUAACUAAGUCAAUAGUUAUGAAUCCUAAAUUACUUUUGGUGGUUAUGAUGUCACUAAACUUGAUGGUCCAGUUCAUUAUCAUCCAGUUAUUGAUAAAUAUUAUUGGAUGAUAAAGGCUGAAAAUAUAUUAGUCAAUGGAAAAGAUGAGGGGUUUUGUCCUAAAGGUUGUAAAGUAGUAGCUGAUACAGGUACUUCUCUUAUAACAGGUCCUUUUGAGGAUUUGAUGAAAUUGUUAGGUAUUAUUAUAGUUACAUAUUAGAUUUAACUAAUAUAAAUGAUGAUUGCUCAAAUUUGAAUGAGUUACCUAAAUUAACAUUUAGAAUUGAUGGAGUUGAUUAUGAUCUAGAAUCUAGAGAUUAUAUAAUGGAAUUAAAAGAUGAUGGUACAGAAAUACCUUUAAAUAAUGAUGUUUCAGCAUCAGCAUUUAUUUAAGGAACUUCUAAAUAAUGCAUAGGAGCAUUCAUGCCAUUGGAUAUUCCAGAUCCUCAAGGACCUGCUUGGAUUUUAGGAGAUAUUUUCUUAACUAAAUAUUUGAGUAUUUAUGAUAGGGAUACAAAUAUGGUUGGAUUUGGAAAGGCUAAACAUUGAUU